CUCAUUCUCGUCAGCGAUGAGAUGGAGAUUGAGAGGGAUAGCCUUGGAAAUAUUUUAUUUCCUCUGGCUUCGUAACGUGGACAACGGGCGAUAUUUCAAAUUUUAGCGAUUUCUCGUUUUCUCUAUUCCAAGACAUGGUGCUUACAAAUUUCACCGGCCCUGGUAUUGGUUUGGGUUUUGGAAUUGGUUGCGGUUUUGGAGUUGGAUGGGGUUUUGGAGGAAUGCCGCUCCCCAUAUUAGGUAUGGGCGUAGGUGGAGGUUGUGGAGUAGGAUUUGGCCUUGGGUGGGGAUUUGGAAGUGGCUUUGGUAGCCAAUAUAGGAGCUCUAAGGUCAUAUUUAAUGGCAUCCAAUUUGAUGAAAAGGGUGACAAUGAUAAAUCAAGUGCACAAGCUUCCUCCUCGAAGAUGGUCGAAAAAUGACAUUACAGCAAAAGUGCCAGGUUUUCUGUAGCAAAUUUUUUAGUUUGUCUUGUUUUCCUUUUCUAUCAACUAAGAUCUUAUUACUUAAUAAGUAGUUUCAUGCUGUGUUUUGAUGCUACAAUUUUGAUGAAUUUGUUAAAAACUUUGCUGAAUCGACACCAAAUGAAAAUUCUAGUAAGAGCACAGUGCUGAUCUCUGUAUGCGAUAUGGUCAAUUCAAGAAAACUUUUUAGAUGU